CACUCACCCUCGGAAUCACCAGAGUAGACCCAAAUUUUCUCCGAAGCCAGCAUGCACGCCCAUCGAAGCCCCGUCUUCAUCUGUUCUUCCGGCUCGGUCCGCUAGGAAGGGGUCUGGCCAUGCUGAUACUUUCGCACCACUGUCUUUCCUCAGCUCUCCGCGUCUCGCACCAUCGCUCCACUUGUCUGUACUUACAACUGUUGCAUCGCAUACUCUGUACAUUCAGCGCAUAACCCCUAGACUUCUGCAGGCCUACUACUGCGUCACGGUGUCCCAGGAGGGCGCGCCUCGUCCCUGCCAUGUUCGGCCCGUGGCUCGUUGUUUUCUCAUGGCUCAGGAAGCAUAUGCCGGGGAGCUUGCGGGCGCUGAAGCCGCGCUUCAAUUUUAUAACCAUACAUUACAUAUAUAUGAUCGGCAUGGCGCUCCUCGGGUCCAUCCUGCUGUACCCAGCCGGUAGGAUGUCAUACAUCGACGCCUUGUUCUUUGCGAGCGGUGCCACUACCCAAAGCGGCUUGAACACCAUUGAUAUCAACCAGCUGUAUCUCUAUCAACAGGUUAUAAUUAUGCUGAUUGCAUGCAUGUGCAAUCCCAUUUUCAUCAAUACUUUCGUCGUUUUCGUCCGCCUUUACUGGUUUGAGAAGCGCUUUCAGAAUGUGGCCAUGGAGGCUCGGAAUCUCCGUGGUACCGGCACCCGAUCAAGAACAAAGAGCGAGGCAAAGGCCGAAUUGGAGAGAGACAUGGGGCGCGUCGAGGCUGGCGUUGGUAAUAGAGAAAUCGUCGUUCUAAGGGCCUCCAAUGGGCGGGUCAAGGGGGGGGGAAUAGACAACGAGAAACAGUUCCAGGGUCUUCAAGAGGCAGUCCGCGGCGAGAACUCGAGUCCGGAAAGAAAUGGUACAGAUAAGGAGACUCCGCCUGCAUCGGAAAACGGACAACCCAAUGUCCCGUUCCAUCGAGAUAUCGUUUUCGAGGAUGAGGUUCGUUCGCCAUCUCCCGAAGACGAUUCGUCCCUCGAUCGGAUCCCUCAGCAAAGAAGCAAGGAGCAGCAUAUCGCCUUCGUAGAAAACCAGCGUAAUCCUAAAGAUAAGGGCGCUCUUCGAAUCCCCGGUCCGCGUGACUUUGACCGAGGUUUCGUACCACGACGAAUCGACGAGGACAACGAUUAUGAAUCUUUGCACAAGGAAAUUUCCAAUGAAAUUGAUGGCCAGGGGAAGAGGAAGCGGUCAAUUUCUGUGCCUCCUGUUGAACCAAACCAGGAUGACCACCCCUUGAAGCAGAACAUCACUAUUGACGAGCCUGAUCAUCCCCGCCGACCCGGCGCCGGUCCUUCGGUAUUUCGCCUCAAUAGCAGGGCAAGGACAUCCGAAACUGAAACCCCGACAACUGGCAUGAAUCUACGCAAUAGGGCACGGUCGAAAACCCUCGCUAGCUUCCUGUCUCGAGAAAAAGACGACGAUCCAAUGCCAUAUUUGAGCUGGACACCUACCAUCGGCAGGAACUCUGCCUUUGUGGACCUUACUGAAGAGCAGCGGGAGGAGCUUGGGGGAAUCGAGUAUCGCUCUCUCAAGCUUCUUGCCAUCAUUCUAGUUUGCUAUUUUGUUGGUUUUCACCUCCUCGGUAUGGUGUGCCUGCUUCCUUGGAUUGUCAGGUCGCCAAAAUAUACCAACAUCGUCGAAGAGGUUGGAAUUAGUCCGGUCUGGUGGGGCUUCUUCACGCCAGCUUCCAUGUUCAAUGAUUUAGGAUUCACCCUCACUCCCGACUCAAUGAUCUCAUUUCAGUUCACAGUUUUACCCUUAGUCUUGGGUACUUUCCUAAUCAUCAUUGGAAACACAGGCUUCCCUUGCAUGCUCCGAUUCACCAUCUGGCUAUGUCACAAAUGUGUUCCGCGGGGCAGCGGCGUGUGGGAAGAACUUCGCUUCCUGUUAGACCAUCCCAGACGAUGCUUCACUCUUCUCUUCCCUAGCAACGCAAACUGGUGGUUAUUCUGGGUUCUCGUUCUCCUUAAUGGUGUUGAUCUCAUUUUCUUCGUCAUUCUUGAUCUCAACGACCCAACUGUCACUUCACUACCGCCAGGUUUCCGCUUCCUCGAUGGGCUUUUCCAAGCCGCCUCCACCCGCACUGCCGGCUUCUCCGUCGUGAAUCUAGCAGAACUACACCCAGCCAUCCAAGUUUCUUAUCUCAUCAUGAUGUACAUUUCAGUCUUUCCCAUCGCUAUCAGCAUGCGCCAAACAAACGUCUACGAAGAGAAGUCCCUUGGGGUAUGGGCACCAGAUGAUGACGAUACGAAGAGUAGCUAUCUCGGAACUCAUUUGCGUCGCCAGCUAUCCUUCGAUCUCUGGUACGUUUUCCUCGGCUUCUUCCUCAUCUCCAUCAUCGAGGGCGGUCGAUUGGAAAACACAAACGACUACGCCUUUACCCUAUUCUCAGUCCUAUUCGAAAUCGUAUCCGCAUAUGGCACCGUCGGCCUCAGUCUCGGCUACCCUGGCGUCAACACUUCCUUCUCCGGCCAGUUCAAAACACUCUCUAAGCUCAUCAUCAUCGCCAUGCAGAUCCGUGGUCGCCAUCGCGGGCUUCCGUAUGCACUCGACCGCGCGAUUCUACUGCCUAGCGAUAGUCUGCAUAAGAAGGAAGAUGAGGAUGCGAUUCGUAGAGCGAGACGCAACAGCCAUGCUAGCGAGCUCCCCGAUCGUGAAGGGUCGAUGCGGACAGGGACGGCGAGGAGUCGGAGAGGCAGUACGGCGACGGCAGAAAAUGUAGCUGUUAAGAGUAAGAGUCAUACGGGUACUUUGACGAGGUUCUUGAGUGGUGCGUUGAAUGCGGGACCGACUAUCGCUAGGGAUAGGGAGAAACGGGCUUGAAUCUGAAUAGUCUUUUGCUGUGGCUGGUCUGAUUGUAUAUUAAAUAUUAAAUAGUUUAUCGAUAGGUGUUUGGUGUUCGUAUAUACGUAAGGUUUGGGAAACAUUGGGUAGAGCCUCUGAGGGGUUUGAAAUGUAUGCGGGUGGCUGGUCUUGCUCGGUUUUGUAGAUCGGUAGGCGCGUUGGGAGUGGUGUAGCUGAGUGGUAUAUAAAUAUUGCGCCUUUUAAUACCCGGCUAGCCCUUUGGUUGGUAUGCUCUCCGAUUCUUAUACUAGCUGCUUCUUUCUUCCACCUGCAUGAGCUUGAUGUGCUCAAUAUGAG